AUGGCCAACUCGCGCUUCACAUACGUGCGCGACUUUGAGCUCGCCGACAAGGUCUUGCCAAACACCUGGAUGCUCGUCAGGAUAGACGGGAAAGGAUUUCACAAAUUCUCGACAACCCACAACUUUACGAAACCGAACGAUAAGCGAGCCCUCGAUCUGAUGGAUCGGGCUGCCAAGCAAGUCAUGACCGAGGUGGCGGACGUCAUCGUAGCGUUCGGUGAAAGCGACGAGUAUAGCUUUCUCGUACGGAAGCAGUCCAAGCUGUACAACCGCCGGCAGAGCAAGAUCUUGACCCUGAUCGUCUCCCUCUUCACAUCGGCCUAUGUCUACCAUUGGCGAGACUUUUUCCCCGACCUGCCUCUGGCUUAUCCGCCAGUAUUCGAUGGCCGACUGGUCCCAUACCCUGGCGUGACGGAAGUGAGAGACUACUUCAAGUGGCGUGGUGUUGACACUCACAUCAACAACCUCUACAACACGACGUUUUGGGCACUGGUUCAGCAAGGUGGACAAAGUACGGCUGAAGCUCACAAGACUCUCUCGGCAAAGGCCUUUCUUAACAAGUAUCAGGUUUCAUCGUUGCAGGGUACCUUUUCGAAGGACAAGCACGAGAUCCUCUUCAGCCGAUUCGGCGUCAACUACAAUGGUCUGCCCGCUCAAUUCCGGAAGGGAAGUACCCUCAUACGGACGACGAGUCCGGCUGUCGAGGUCGAGGGCGACCCGAACGUUGCGAGCGGUAUCGCAAAUCUGGCCAUUACGGAUCAACAACGUGGAAAGAAGAAGGAAAAGGUGGUGCCGUUUGACGGGACCAAGGGAGAGAUAGCUGUGAUUUACGAGGACAUUGUGCGGGACGAGUUCUGGGAAGAGCGACCGUGGUUGCUAGCGUGA